AUGAAUGCGAAGUUGGAGGUGAUCGUUGCGAAGGUAGCAGUGUUCGUUAUCUCUAUCGCGUUGAUGUACGUCUUGUUGCGACUGAUGGUGUCAGGUUCCUUCAAUUCGGAUAUCAAUAUGGCAGCUACUGUUGAUGUGUCGGAAGAUGUUUUUCAGUCGUCUUAUCAUUUCUCCUUCAAUAAAAUGCUGAAGUUGUACAAGGAACAGGCGAAAGAUCGUCGGUCGCUCUUGUAUUCAGUUGUCAGAAAUACUCGUGAAGAGAAAUAUAUGCCACUCUACAAUAUCUUGGUCCCAGAAGUGUACUGCCCGGUGAAGGUUCGAGUUGGUCGAGCAAGUGACGGUGGGAAGUGGAUGUGCGAUCCGUUUCGAAUCCCGGAAAAAAGCGUUAUUUUCUCGCUCGGAUAUAGGAAGGAGGCGUCGUUUGAGAAAGAACUGCAAAAAAUCAAAGAAUUUCGAAUGGUAUCGAAGAAAGCCAAAAUUUGCUGUAAAACCGAUGAAAAAUACGACGUGUACACACUGGGUGAUCUCAUGAAGCUACAGAAUAUCACAGAAAUAGAAAUCCUUAAAGUUGAUAUCGAAGGGGCCGAACAUGAUGUGAUGCCAAGAUUCCUUCAAGAACGCCAACCAGCGCAGGUCAUAAUUGAAAUACAUUCCUCUUCGUCCGAGAUGGCCAAGCUUCUCUUGGAUAUUUCUCGACAAGGCUACUGGCUUUACUGGCACGAAAUUAACGCUGGUCUUCAUAUCGUCUGUGAAUUCUCUUUCCUACAUGAGUCGGCCUUCGACAGAUAUAAUGCUGUUCCAUUAGCGCGGAAAAAACGAUUGACAUGUAAAGAAGCAAACAAUGCUUCUAAAAGGUUGAUUUUGAUGGAAACUAUUAAGGUACACUGUCCUGUUAUGGUUCGUGUCGGUAAUGUUGGCGACGGCGGUAAAUGGAUGUGCGAUCCGUUCCGGAUUCCUCGUGGGAGCACUGUUUUUUCGCUUGGGCUUAACAACGAGAUUUCUUUUGAAAUCCAGCUGCAGGAAAUAAGUGACAGGUGUUGUUAUAUUUUCGCAUUUGAUAGGAAAGAACAACGACAAGAGACAAAAGACAGAUUUAAAAAGUUCCGAGGUAUAUCGAAAAAAGCCAGGAUAAGCAACAAAACUGACGAAGAAAACGACAUUUACACAUUGGAUGAGCUCAUGAAACUUCAAAGUAUCAGGAAAAUAGAAAUUCUGAAAAUGGAUAUUGAAGCGACGCGCCGAAUGGUAAUGAAUUGCAAUGAAUCUGGACAUUGA